AUGUUGACUUCUACACUUCUCCUCCUUGGUGCCUCGCUGGGUAGCGUUGUAGCAUCACCUCUAAGAAGACGACAAGCACCCAGUCAAACUCCAGUAGUAACAGACGCUACUUACGAUGGCCAGUGUUACUACCCCAAGCCAGAUGAGGACGAUUUCGAGCUCGACGAAUAUGUUGGACGCUGGUACCAGGUCGCUGGCACUGUGGCCCCAUUUACGGCUGGCUGUAAAUGUAUAUUUGCCGAAUACUCCUUGAAUGCAAAUGGCACGGUGCGUGUAUUCAAUGGCUGCGAAUUGGAUGGGCAGGAGAUCACGAUCGAGGGUACUGCAACUGCUGUGAACGAGGACCUCGGAUACGGGGAGGAUGGCGUCUUCCGCGUUCAAUUCCCUGGUCAGCCUGAGCCCGAAUGCCCAGGUCCAAACUACAUCGUGCAAGAUAUUGAGCAAGAUGACGACGAUGACGACGACGAUGAUGAUGAUGACGACGACAGCAGCGACGGCAAUUUCGCGAUUGUCCAGGCAUCUAACUUCUCAACGUUAUUCCUACUUAGCCGUCAGCAAAACCCACCCUCAAGCCAGAUCGACGCAUGGCUCGAGCGUGCUCGACUCUUAGGUACAAACAUGACGGAUGUGAUCCGUAUAGACCAAACGAACUGCCAGUUCACUUGA